UAUCUAUAUUUAUUCAGCAUUGUCAUUACAAUCUGAGUUUCAUUUUCUAUUCCCAAUCAGGAAAUAGGUGAAACUAUAAAGGAACUGUCAGGCAUAACAUUCAGAACACUUUUAGAUUGAUUCAACCUGUGAAUGCACUGCACCAGCUGAGAAAGGAAUACAAAGUGUUUUCCAUCCCAGCAACAUAAUGAGCAGCAGAAUGGGAGAUUUGUUGAAAGAGAAGCUCGAUCAGCUUCAGUGUCACUUCACGUGGAGCCCACAGAAGGAGACCAUUGACCUGGAUGAUAUGGUGUACAGAUUACAAGAUGCCAUAAUCUUUGCAGAUAAAUAUCAAGCUGCAUCCUACAACCAACUCGCUUUUGUAAACUGCCUGCAAGGCAACAGUGAGGAAGCUAUUCAAAACUUAAAGGAAGCUGAAAAGAUUCUGAGGGAGAACCACAAAGAUGCAUUUGAAAGAAACAGCAUCAUCACCUAUGGAAACUAUGCCUGGGUGCAUUACCACAUGGGACAACUGGACAAGGCCCAGUCCUACCUCGACAAGCUGGAGAUGAUCUGUAAACCACUCACUGAUGGUCCUCGCUAUACAGCAAUGAUACCUGAAGUGUAUGGGGAGAAGGGGUGGUCAUUGUUGAGCUCGGCAGCUCAAUACUAUGAGGAGGCUAUGAAAUGUUUUGAGAAAGCUCUGGAGGAAGAUCCCAAUAACACGGAGUGGAUCAUGGGCAAAGCAACUGUUCUGUCCCGUCUGGAAGCAUUUUCUGGAACCCCAGAGAGUCGUGAACGGAAUCAGUCAGUGAAGUAUCUGCGGCGUGUACUGGAGCUAGAUCCAGAUGAUUCAAUGGCCAUGGUGCUGCUGGCCUUAAAAUUGAAAGGAUUCAGGAAAAGUGAAGAAGCAAAUAAAUUAGUUGAGCAAGCAUUGCAGAAGUGCAGUAAGAAUCCAUAUGUGCUUCGUUAUUCGGCAAGAUUUUACAGAAAGGAAGGAGCAGUGGAGAAAGCAAUCAAUCUAUUCAAGCAGGCGUUAGAAUUAACUCCACACUCGGCUUACACACACCACCAAAUUGGAAUAUGUUAUAAUAUUAAACUGAACAACCUUGGUAAUAUAAAUCCUCGCAGCCCCGCAACUCAGCAGCAAACUGAGUUGAUCAGUCUAUGUAUAUAUCACUUUGGAAAAGCCUCUGAGUGCCGUCCAAAGACAGCUAUUAAACCAAUGCUGGACUUAGCCAAGAUUUACAUAAUAAAUGCAGAGUAUUCUAAGGCUGAGGAGAUCUACAAUAAUCUGAUGAAAUUGGAGGACAUCCGUCCAGAAAAUGAACAGCAGAUAUGUUUAGGGGCUGGGUCAUUUGAAUUCUAUCAGAAAGGAUCAGAAUCAAGUGCCAUCAGCCUAUUUCUGAAAGGGGUGAAGAUUGAAUAUGAUUCAGGAGAACGGAAACAGUGUAAGAAAAAAUUGGAGAAGUGGGCAGAUAAAAAACUUCGCUAUGCUCCACAUGACAGCAGAGCUCUUGGUGUGAGAGGGUUAAUGUAUAAGAUGGAUGGGAACAAGUCCAAGGCUAUUGAAUACUUUGAAAAGGCCUUGAAGAUUGAUCAUGAGAAUGAAGAAUAUCUGAGUGCUCUUUCAGAAUUACGUCUUAGUGAUUGAGCACCACAAGGAUGCUUAUAAUAUGCACCAAUUUCAUCUGAUCUAAGGAGAGGUUUGGUGAUGUGUGUGUUUUACUGAUUAUAUUCUGAUAGCAUCUUCUUUGAAUGAAGGCUCUACUUAUGUGUGUGAAGUUUUCAAAAAUGAUCUUGUGUUUCACUUAAACAAUAAAAAAAAAAUUAUUCUAUUUAAAAAAUAAUAACACCUCAAGCAAACCAAUCAAAUGGAAUUUAGUUGUGUAAGUGUGGAAUUUGUGUUUAGUGUGGAAAGAUGGGAAUUGGUAAAUUGAAGCACGUGGAACCAGAUAUCAUUGAUGGUCCUGGCAAGUUUCCUCAUCUAAGUCUUUCACUUUAAUCAUUUACUCUUUAUUUUUUCUUGUUUCUCAAUGCACAAUUAUAACUUUGGCAUGAUUUAAUUUUCAGGAUCAUUAUAAGAUGUCCUACAUUGACAUGUCUAUUAAUUAAAGCUUCAAAUCAGAGAUUGGUUCUGCCACAACCAAAUCGAAGGAAAACAAAGAACAGAUCCUUAAAGUGUGCAUCCUGCUACAGGGAGUGACGGAGGAAAGGCUGGGGAGGGGGUCUGUUGGGGAGGGGAGGGUACCAGGAUAAUUAAUGGGAUUUCAAGAGAUGAUAUUAUUGAUAAAGGAAAGAUUCAAGUUGACAUUAUCAGGCAUAAUAAUUAAUCAAGGACAAUGUAGCUACAAAACUCUAAUCCAAUUUGAAAAUACCAAUGGAUUGGUAAUGGAACCAGAAAUUGGAAGUGAUUAAUGGAAAGAUGAACCCUUCCACGUGGCCAUCCCCAACAGUGUGGAUAUAGCCAGAUGGCAUUCCUGUAAUACUUUGUACUAUAAUGACUAUAAUACUUUAUACUCUGUAACUUUGACCAGAAACGUGGCGACUCUUUGUGUACUUUGUGUAUUGUAUGCAAAAUAAAGAAUUUCACUGCACCCAAGUACAUGUGACAAUAAAGUAUCAUUGAAUUAUUGAAUCGUUCAACCCUUUAUGUAAAAAACGUGCCCCGCAUAUUUAUAUUAGAAGCAAUUUAUUUCUAAUUCUUGCUCCAUUCCUGCUGCCUGACCUGAUUGUUUCCAGCAUUCUCCACUUCUUACGCACGGCAUAACUAGUUGUGAAUAAUUGAAAGAAGUGCAAUAGUAGAACACAAAAAUACAUGAAACUCAGAGCAGGAAUGGAAACCUGGCCCUUCUGACCUGCUCCAUCAUUCCAAAUGACCAUGACGGAUCUAUGCUGGCCUUAUCUCCUCUUCUGUAGUAAGUCCCCCAUCAAAUCAACUCCAGUUUAUUGUCAAAUGCACAAUUACAGUGAGGUCCAGGUACGAUGAAAAGUUUGCAAUCAGCAGCAUCACAGGCACACAAACUCAGACAACACCCAAACACCUUAAAUUAUACAUAAACUCUGCAAAUGGGUGGAAUCACAUUAUGUAGCUGGAAUAUAAGGGGUAUUAAUGAACCAAUUAAAAGGGGCAAAAUUCUAGCUCAGUUGAAAUCAUAUAACGCGGACAUUUCUUUUCUACAAGAAACCCACCUUAAACAUCAAGACCAGAUGAGAUUGAGGGCGAAAUGGAUAGGCCAAACAUUUCACUCCUCAUACACAUCGAAAUCCAGAGGCACCGCAAUUAUUAUUCACAAAGGAAUACCAUUCAAAUCAAAGAAUAUUAUAUCAGAUAAGGAAGGGAGAUACCUUAUAGUCACAGGAGAGAUUUAUGCUACGCCAAUCACCUUGGUAAACAUAUAUGCGCCCAAUUUUGACAACCCUCAAUUUUUUAAUAAAAUUCUGAAUAAAAUCGCAGAAUCUAACUAUCAAAAUGUUAUAAAUGGAGGAGACUUCAACUGUUCUUUAGAUCCGUAUUUAGAUAAAUCGACGCAAAAACAAAGAGGUAAUAUGAAAUCUAAAACUAGUGAACUCUUAAAUACAUAUAUAAAAAAUACAAAUAUAGCAGACAUUUGGAGGAUCGCGAACCCGACUGGAAGGGAAUACUCGUUUUAUUCAAUGGUGUAUAAAACAUACUCACGUAUAGACUAUUUCCUAAUGGAUUCAAAACUAAUCCCUUGUACUCUUAACCCAAAAUACCACACCAAUACGAUUUCAGUUUAUUCCCCGCUAUCUUUUGUUUUAAAACUGGAAGGAAUCUCUACGAACAAAUCGUUCUGGAGGUGUAACUCGCAAAUUUUGAAAGACCCACAAGGGAGUAUAUAUCUAAAAAAACAAAUGGAUCUAUUUUUUGAGAUAAAUGAUACACCAGAUAUUUCGCCUACUUUAUUAGAGGA